AUGGCUGCUUCGUUCCGCCAGCCCGAGGAGGCGGUUGAUGACACCCAGUUCAUCGAAGACCACCAUGAGCACCUCAGAGACUCGGUCCACCGCCGGCUACGUGCCAACUCCGCUAUCAUGCAAUUCCAGAAGAUCCUCGUCGCCAACCGUGGUGAAAUCCCCAUUCGUAUCUUCCGUACCGCCCACGAACUCUCUCUCCAGACCGUUGCCGUCUUCUCCUAUGAGGAUCGUCUGUCCAUGCACCGUCAGAAGGCCGAUGAGGCUUACAUGAUCGGUCACCGUGGUGAAUAUACCCCUGUUGGUGCUUAUCUGGCCAUCGACGAGAUUGUCAGAAUCGCCCAGGAGCACGGUGUGCACCUGAUCCACCCCGGUUAUGGCUUCCUGUCCGAGAACUCCGAGUUUGCUCGCAAGGUCGAGCAGGCGGGCAUCGUCUUCGUCGGUCCUACUCCCGAGACCAUUGAGGCUCUCGGUGACAAGGUCUCCGCUCGCCAAUUGGCCAUCAAGUGCGGCGUUCCCGUCGUGCCUGGUACCCCCGGCCCGGUCGAGCGCUACGAGGAAGUCAAGGAGUUCACUGACAAGUACGGCUUCCCCAUCAUCAUCAAGGCUGCCUUCGGUGGUGGUGGUCGUGGUAUGCGUGUCGUCCGCGACCAGGCCGACCUGCGUGAUUCCUUUGAGCGUGCUACCUCCGAGGCCCGUUCUGCCUUCGGUAACGGCACCGUCUUCGUCGAACGUUUCCUUGACCGCCCCAAGCACAUUGAAGUCCAGCUGCUCGGUGACAACCACGGCAACGUGGUCCACCUGUUCGAGCGUGACUGCUCCGUCCAGCGUCGUCACCAGAAGGUCGUUGAGAUCGCUCCCGCUAAGGAUCUGCCCGCGGAUGUGCGCGAUCGCCUGCUGGCCGACGCGGUGAAGCUCGCCAAGUCGGUCAGCUACCGCAACGCCGGUACCGCGGAGUUCCUCGUCGACCAGCAGAACCGCUACUACUUCAUCGAGAUCAACCCCCGUAUUCAGGUCGAGCACACCAUCACCGAGGAGAUCACUGGUAUCGACAUUGUCGCUGCUCAGAUCCAGAUUGCUGCCGGUGCUACCCUGGAGCAGCUUGGCCUGACCCAGGACCGCAUCUCCACUCGCGGGUUCGCCAUCCAGUGCCGUAUCACCACCGAGGACCCCGCUAACGGCUUCUCCCCGGACACCGGUAAGAUCGAGGUUUACCGUUCCGCUGGUGGUAACGGUGUCCGUCUGGACGGUGGUAACGGUUUCGCCGGUGCCAUCAUCACCCCCCACUACGACUCCAUGCUGGUCAAGUGUACCUGCCGUGGUUCUACCUAUGAGAUUGCGCGCCGUAAGGUCGUGCGUGCCCUUGUCGAAUUCCGUAUCCGCGGUGUGAAGACCAACAUUCCUUUCCUCACUUCGUUGCUGAGCCACCCCACCUUCAUUGAUGGCACGUGCUGGACCACCUUCAUCGAUGAUACUCCCGAGCUGUUCACGCUCGUCGGCAGCCAGAACCGUGCUCAGAAGCUUCUGGCCUACCUCGGUGACGUUGCCGUCAACGGCAGCAGCAUCAAGGGUCAGAUUGGCGAGCCCAAGCUCAAGGGCGAUAUCAUCAAGCCUGUUCUGCUGGAUGCCAACAACAAGCCCAUUGAUGUCAGCGUGCCUUGCACACAGGGCUGGAAGCAGAUCCUUGACCGCGAGGGUCCUGAGGGCUUUGCCCGUGCUAUCCGCGCCAACAAGGGUUGCUUGAUCAUGGACACCACCUGGCGUGAUGCCCACCAGUCGCUGUUGGCCACUCGUGUCCGCACCAUCGACCUCCAGAACAUUGCCAAGGAGACCAGCUAUGCCUACUCCAACGCUUACAGUCUGGAGUGCUGGGGUGGUGCCACCUUCGAUGUCGCCAUGCGCUUCCUCUAUGAGGAUCCCUGGGACCGUUUGCGUAAGCUGCGCAAGGCGGUUCCCAACAUCCCCUUCCAGAUGCUGCUCCGUGGUGCUAACGGUGUCGCCUACUCCUCUCUUCCCGACAACGCCAUCUACCACUUCUGCAAGCAAGCCAAGAAGUGCGGUGUCGACAUCUUCCGUGUCUUCGAUGCUCUCAACGAUGUUGACCAGCUCGAGGUUGGCAUCAAGGCGGUGCAAGCCGCCGAGGGUGUCGUUGAGGCUACUCUCUGCUACAGCGGUGACAUGCUGAACCCCCACAAGAAGUACAACCUCGAGUACUACCUGGCCCUGGUCGACAAGAUCGUCCAGUUCAAACCCCACAUCCUUGGUAUCAAGGAUAUGGCCGGUGUGCUCAAGCCCCAGGCCGCUCGCCUGCUGAUCGGCUCCAUCCGUGAGCGCUACCCCGAUCUUCCGAUCCACGUCCACACCCACGACUCGGCCGGUACCGGUGUCGCCUCCAUGAUUGCCUGCGCGCAGGCGGGUGCGGAUGCCGUGGACGCUGCCACCGACAGCUUGUCCGGUAUGACCUCCCAGCCCAGCGUUGGUGCCAUCCUUGCCUCUCUUGAGGGCACCGAGCAGGACCCCAAGCUCAACCUUGCCCACGUCCGUGCCAUCGACACGUACUGGGCCCAGCUGCGCCUGCUGUACUCGCCCUUCGAGGCUGGCCUGACCGGUCCUGACCCUGAGGUCUACGAGCACGAAAUCCCCGGUGGUCAGCUGACCAACCUCAUCUUCCAGGCCAGUCAGCUCGGCCUGGGUCAGCAGUGGGCCGAGACCAAGAAGGCCUAUGAGGCUGCCAACGACCUGCUCGGUGAUAUCGUCAAGGUCACUCCGACUUCCAAGGUCGUCGGUGACCUGGCCCAGUUCAUGGUCUCCAACAAAUUGACUCCCGAGGAUGUGGUCGCGCGUGCCAGCCAGCUGGACUUCCCCGGCUCCGUGCUCGAGUUCCUCGAGGGUCUCAUGGGUCAGCCCUUCGGUGGAUUCCCCGAGCCUCUGCGCUCCAACGCUCUGCGCGGCCGCCGCAAGCUCGACAAGCGCCCUGGUCUCUACCUGGAGCCCAUCGAUCUGGCUGCAAUCAAGAGCCAGAUCCGAGAGAAGUUCGGCGCGGCUACUGAGUACGAUGUGGCUAGUUACGCCAUGUACCCCAAGGUCUUCGAGGAUUACAAGAAGUUCGUGAUGAAGUACGGUGACCUGUCGGUCCUGCCCACUCGCUAUUUCUUGGCUAGACCCGAGAUCGGCGAGGAGUUCCACGUUGAGCUCGAGAAGGGUAAGGUUCUUAUCCUCAAGUUGCUGGCCAUUGGUCCUCUGUCCGAGCAGACCGGCCAGCGUGAGGUCUUUUAUGAAGUCAACGGUGAGGUCCGUCAGGUGGCCGUUGAUGACAACAAGGCCUCCGUCGACAACACUGCCCGUCCCAAGGCCGACAUCCUCGACAGCAGCCAAGUUGGUGCGCCCAUGAGCGGUGUCGUUGUCGAAAUCCGUGUCCACGAGGGCUCUGAGGUCAAGAAGGGUGACCCUGUCGCCGUUCUGAGCGCCAUGAAGAUGGAAAUGGUUAUCUCUGCUCCUCACAGCGGAAAGGUGUCUGGCUUACUCGUCAAGGAGGGAGACUCCGUCGAUGGCCAGGACCUCAUCUGCAGAGUCGUCAAGCCUUAA